AUGGAAGCUCUGUCGAUGACGGCCGGCAUUAUUGUUGUUCUGCAGCUCACAUCAGCCCUCACAAGCUACAUCAACGAUUCCAAAAAUGCGACGAAAGAUAAGGCUCUGCUGGCGAUUGAAGCCAAUAAUCUCUACGGUCUGUUGACCAUGCUCCGCUUUCGAGUAGAAGAAGCCCGAUCCAACGAUCCAUGGUUUAAUCAAGUGAAGUUAUUGGGAUUCAAAAUGGCCCGCUGGACCCAGUCCAAAACCUUUCUUGAGACAAUCGUGAGCAAAUUAUCAUCAUCCAAGAAAAGAGACCGGAUCAAGUCAGCACUACUAUGGAAAUUCACCAAGCAAGAGGUGGAAACGGAUGCCAAUGCUCAAAGAGGAUACCAUGGCACUGCACUCCAGGCAGCAUCAGCAGAUGGCCAUGGGACGGUGGUGAAGAUGUUACUGGAUGCCGGAGCGGAUGUCAGUGCUUAUGGUGGCCGUGCCGGAUGGUACGGCAGUACGCCGCAGGCCCCAGACGCCGAGGCCAACGAUGGUCGGACGCCGCUAUCAUGGGCCGCAGGGAACGGGCACGAGGCGGUGGUAAAGCUGCCGCUCACCAAAGAUGGCAUUGACCCUAACUCUAAGGACAACCUCUUCCAUCUGACGCCGCUCUCUUGGGGGAAAUUCGAAUGGCUUCUUUACCUCAAUGAAGCUGGAUUCGAAGUUUCAGAUAUCAUUCCGCUGCUUCUUGAAGCAAUGGAUAAGAGUCCCUGGAUCGCUUUUGAACAACCAAAUGCCAACGUGUCCAACGUUCAAGCCAGUAUCAAUUUUCAUCAGCAUUCGUGUGCGCACAAGGAAAAACCAAUCGACGUCGUCAAUGAUCCACUGUCCGAUCCAGUUGCAUUCCACCUCAAACGAGAUCCAAGGCAAAGAAGUGUGGCUGCGUUUUGUGGCUUUGCUGGAGUGUUCCCCCCUUUAAAAGAUCAGGAUGAUAUCGGGCAUGCGACCUUCCAAGGAAUGAAGGUGUUAUUAACUUCAGCCAGGAAGGCCAGUUGGAGGAUUGCGCGAACCGUAAUCUAUUUCACUGAUCUAGAAGACACUGGAUCUGUGAAAUGGGGACUAAAUAGAAGGGUUACGAUAUAUGCGUUUUCAGCUUGA